AUGGGAGCCACAAAACGAAAGGCAGACGCCCCGAGCGCCCCUACAAAAAGAGAGAAGGGUGCAUCCGGCGAUCGAUCAGCGAAGCGUCCGCGCAAAUCAGACGGCGCCGCAGAGUCGCCCGCAAAGUCGAAGCCUGCAAAGACUGAGAGCGCACCACCGAAGGCGAGCGUCUUCAAGGAUGAGGAGAAGUCGUUUCCUCGUGGUGGCGCUAGCGUCUUGACACCGCUCGAGCACAAGCAAAUUCAGAUCAAGGCCAACCAGGACGUGCUUUUCGAGCAGACUGGCGCAAAACGCAGCGGCGGCGGCGACGAUGAAUUCGGCGACAUGGGCUCAGAGGACGAGGGCAAGGCCGCCAAGACAGCAAAGAAGUGGCCUGCGAAGAAGGGCAAGAAGCCGAAGGGCGACGAAGAGAACGAGGAUGUCGUGCGCGCCGAGGGCCUCAACUACAAGAAGCUGUCGGCCGGCACAAUGAUCCUCGGACAGGUUACCGACAUCACCAACCAAGACAUUGUGCUCGCCCUGCCCAACAACCUCGUCGGCUACGUGCCCCUCACCGCCGUCUCCGACAAGCUCAACGAGAGACUCGAGAAGCUGCUGGAGGAGGAAGAGGAGGAGAAGGGCGAAGACGAGGGAGAUUUCGAGGACGUGGAGCUGAGGAACAUGUUCUUCGUUGGGCAGUACCUGAGAGCCUGCGUCACAUCAACCACCGACGACACAGCGCGAGCACGGAAGCGAUUAGAGCUGUCGAUUGAUCCCAAGCUCGUCAACAAGGGCGUACCCAAGCGCAAGAUCCCCGUCAAUCUGAUGCUGCAGGCGUCAGUCCUGAGCAACGAAGACCACGGUCUCGUCAUGGAUCUCGGACUUGAGGACACAAAGAUCAAGGGUUUCUUGCCCAAGGGCGAGCUGGGCGCAAAGGUGCAGCACUCCAAGGUGCAAGAGGGCGCUGUCUUCAUGUGCCUGGUCACCGGCCUCAACUCAGAUGGAAAGAUCGUCAAGCUCUCGGCCGACCAGACCAAGUCUGGAAACUUGACCAAGGGCAACACACUCACCGACGCGCCUACCAUCGACGUCUUCCUGCCCGGUACCGCAGUCGAUGUCCUCGUCGCCGACAACACACCGAGCACGCUUACUGGCAAGAUCCUCGGAUUGAUCGAUGCCACCGCCGACGCCUACCACUCGGGAGCCACAGAGAAGGGCGCAGACGUGUCGCAAAAGUACAAGAUUGGCACAAAAGUCAAGGCGAGAAUCCUGUUUACUUGCCCCGAUGCUGAGCCCAGGAAGGUUGGCAUCUCAUUGCUUGACCACGUUGUUUCGCUGUCCUCACGCAUGUCUGGAAAGCCCAAGGAGCGCAAGACACCACUCGAGUACCUGCCUGUCUCCACCAUCGUCGAGGAAGCCAAGGUCGUCAAGGUGCAGCCCGGGCUGGGUGCGUUCUUCGGGCUAGGCGUCCGCGAUGUUAUCGGUUUUGCGCACGUGUCUCGCCUUUCAGAUGAUCGCGUCGAUGUGCUCUCCGAGGAUGCAGGCGCUUUCAAGCUCGACACGAAGCACCGUGCGCGCAUCAUCGGUUACAAUGCCAUGGACGCGCUUUUCCAGUUGUCGCUGGAGAAGAAGGUGCUAGACCAGGCUUUCCUCCGUAUCGAGGACAUCAAGGCUGGCCAGGUUGUCAAGGGCAAGGUUCACAAGCUCAUCGCUGACAAGAAGGGCGCCGCAGCCGUCCUUGUCAAUCUCUCCGAGGGCAUCACCGGACUUGUGUCGGAGCUUCAUCUCGCAGACGUCAAGCUACAGCACCCAGAGCGCAAGUUUAGGGAGGGGGUGCCGGUCACCGCCCGUGUCUUGUACACCGACCCUGCAAGACACCAGAUUCAGCUCACCCUCAAGAAGUCGCUUGUCAACUCUGAUGUUGAGCCCUGGACAGACUACUCAAAGGUCAAGGAGGGCGCCAAAGGACCUGGUAUCCUUGUCGAUGUUCGCCGCCAUGGUGCCACAGUACGCUUCUACGGCGAUGUCAAGGCCUGGCUUCCUGUCGCCGAGAUGAGCGAAGCAUACAUUGAAGAUGCCGGCCGACACUUCACCAAGGGCCAGGUUGUCAACGUACGCGUACUCUCGGUCGAUCCUGAAGAGCGCCAGUUGCUCGUCUCUUGCAAGGAUCCCGCCGCCGUCGAUACUAACAAGGAAGCCGCUUUCAACGCACUGAACCCCGGAGACAUCACAAAGGGUACAGUGGUUGACAAGACAGAUGAGUUAGCGACUCUUGACAUUGGCAAUGGUGUGAAAGGCCUGCUCCGAAUUGGCCAUCUGACAGAUGGCUCCGAGAAGAAGGACAUUUCCACUAUGAAGAAGAUCCGCGUUGGUGGUGUAUUGGAGGACCUUGUCAUCCUGAACAAGCAGUACAAGUCCAAGAACGUCACAGUCUCGAACAAGCCCAGUCUUCGCAAGGCUGCGCAGUCCGGUAAGCUUGUCACUAGCUUCGCGGAUAUCAAGGCUAGCGCAACUGUCUAUGGUUUUGUGCGAGGCAUCCUUCCAGAUAAGGUGUUCGUCGAGCUUGGCAACAACAUCAGCGGUGCCGUCUUUAAGUCGCAACUCACGGAUGAGAUGCUCCGAUCGCCAAAUUUCGGUCUGCGCAAGGACCAGUCCAUUACUGCCAAGGUCACGCACGUCGACGAGGCCAAGGAGCUCUUCUGGCUGUCGAUGAAGACCAAUGCCGACGUCGACAUGGACAGUGCCUCGAAGGUCACCGAGCCGGCUGGCGAAGCUUUAAUUGACCCCGUCGACCCCAAGGUCACAUCUACUGCCGACAUCAAGUUCGGUGUCUCUGCAAAUGUCCGCAUCAGGUCUAUCAAGAACACACAAUUGAACGUCGCUCUUGGCGAGAACGUGCAAGGACGAAUCUCUGUUGCCGAGGUCUUUGAGUCAUGGGACGACAUCAAGGACAAGAAGAACCCAUUGGCGCAGUUCAAGAUGAAUGAAACAAUCAAGGCGAAGAUCCUCGGCCGACACGAUGCUCGCAACCACCGCUUCCUUCCCAUCACACAUCGAUCUAGCAACAAGACACCAACAUACGAGUUGACCGCCAAGAAAGACAAGCUCACCACAGAGGCUGAUGUCCUUAGCCUCGAUAAGAUCACAACUGACGCUACGUUUGUAGCUUUCGUCAACAAUAUUGCGGACCGCUUUGUCUGGGUUAACAUCUCAGCCAAUGUUCGCGGACGCAUCGACUUCUUGGAUCUUACCGACGACCUCGAGAAGCUGUCUGCCAUUGAGACUAAUUUUCCAGUUGGCUCUGCCCUUAAGGUCCGCGUCAAGUCGGUCGAUGUCGCUGCUGGGCGUUUGGAUCUGACAGCGGCGUCUUCGGUCAUCGGCAAAAGGCUCACUCUCAAUGAUCUAAAGGUAGGCUACGUUCUGCCGGCACGUGUCACAAAGACACACGACACCUCCAUCGUCGUCCAGAUCAAUGAGAGCAUUGCUGCGCCCAUCUAUCUCGAGCAGCUUGCCGACGACUAUGACAAGGCUAAGCCUUCAGAGUUCAAGACGGGCGAUGUGCUCCGCGUGUGCGUUGUCGACGUUGAUGUUCCCAACAAGAAACUUGGUCUGUCAGCCAGGCCAUCGAAGGUUCUCAGCUCUUCCUUGCCUGUAAAGGAUCCCGAGAUCAAGGAUAGGUCUGAUCUUAGGGUCAACCAAGUUGUGCGUGGUUUCAUCAAGCAGGUCGCCGACAACGGUAUCUAUGUACGUCUCGGCCCCAAGGUCGAAGCUUACGUCCGUGUCAGUGAGCUCUCAGAUGCGUACAUCAAGGACUGGAAGGCCGCAUUCCAUGUCGAUCAGCUCGUUACCGGAAAAGUCAUUUCGAACAAGGACAACAUGCGCAACCCCCAAAUGAGCUUGAAGACUUCAGUCAUCCAGGGCGAAUACACAGAACCAAUUGGCUUCCACGAUCUCGAGGUCGGCCAAAUUGUGACUGCCAAGGUCCGCCACGUCGAGGACUACGGUGUCUUCCUGCUCGUCGACAAGUCGAACAAUGUCAGCGGUCUGUGCCACAUUUCUCAGCUGGCCGACACACAGGUCGACAAGGAGAAGGUCAAGGAGAUGUACAAGAAGGACGACGUCGUCAAGGCCAAGGUCCUGAACGUCGACCCUAAGAAGAGGAAGAUCGGCUUCACCUUGAAGUACUCUGAGAUCAAGGGUGAGAACGAUGAUGACGAGGAGAUGGGGGACGCGCCUGACGUUGAGGCUGAUGACGAAUCCGAGAUGGAAGACGGCGGCAUCGAGCUUGACAACGAUGUCGAUAUGAGGAGUGUCAAGAGCGCAGACAGUGACGACGAGGAUGAUGCUGCCCAGGACGAAUCUGAUGAUGAGUCAGACGCAGAGCCAGCCAAGGCUUCAGGCCCCGGCUUGAGCACUUCUGGCUUCGACUGGACCGGUGGCAACCUCGACUUCGACGAGAAGAAAGCCGCAGUCGACUCAGAGUCCGACGACGAGCCCAGCAAAAAGAAGAAGAAGAGCAAGAAGGCCACUAUCAAGGAAGAUCGCACCGGCGAUCUCGAUGCCUACGGUCCUCAGUCUGUCGCAGACUACGAGCGCCUCCUCCUCGGCCAGCCCAACAGCGCCGAGCUCUGGGUGCGCUACAUGGUCUUCCAGCGCGAACUCAACGAGAUUGAAAAAGCGCGCCAGAUCGCCCGCCGAGCGCUCGCCACCAUCAACGCUCGCGAAGACAAGGAGAAGCUAGACGUCUGGACUGCGUUGCUGCACUUGGAGAACGAUGCCGCCAGCGAUGAAGUUGUGGAGAGCACAUUCAAAGAAGCAUGCCAACAGCAAGAUAGCCGCGAGAUGCACGAGCGCAUGAUCAAGAUCUACAUCUCGUCUGGCAAGCUUGACAAAGCAGACACCCUCUACCAGUCAAUGACAAAAACCAAAUCCUUCACCCCCGACCCCGCCUUCUGGCUCGGCUAUGCAACCUUCCUCAUGGAUGUCCUCUCUCCCCCCUCACCAACCCGGGCGCGCGCGCUGCUGCAACGCGCAACCCAAUCCGUACCCAGCGCUCAGCACCGCUACUUGACUCAAAAAUUCGCCGCAUUGGAAUUCAAGUCGCCCAACGGUGACGCCGAGCGCGGCCGCACCAUCUUCGAAGGGUUGGUCAGCACGUACCCGAAGAAAGGCGAUAUGUGGGACGUGUACAUUGAUCUUGAGAGAAGUCAUGGGACUGACGACGCUAUCCGCGCUCUUUACGAGCGCGCGGCGAAGGCGGGCGGGAAGAGUAAGAGGAUUGGCAGUGUGUAUAAGAAGUGGGCGGAGUGGGAGAGCAAUAACGGUAAUGCUAAGGGUGUUGAGCGCGUCAAGGCGUUGGAGGAGCAGUGGCGCGAGGAGAAGGCUGGGAAUGAUGAUGAAUAGAGGCGUUGUAAGAUCGCAUUGGGCGGCGUUGCAUAGGCAGG